UAUCAAAAAAAAAAAAAGUCAUUUCCUCGUCGGCUAACGGUUGUUUUUUUAAAUAUUCUCUUCCGCACUUCCUUUACUUUUCUGUGGAUUCUAGAGAGACACUCUAUGGAUUUUCGCGAAGGAUUCGGCCCCGACGUCACAUCUAACGAUAUAUAGAGCCGCUGUCCCAUUUCGUUCGUCGUAAAAAUGACACUCGACCGCAGGUGGUCGAAAGAUACACAAGAAGAGAAAAAAAUGUCCCAUAUACCUUCGUCAGUCACCCCAACACCCCGCAAGGAAUUGAACCUUGGUCUCGUCGGACCUUGUAACUUUAGCCUACUAAUUGGACGAGGCUCGUUUGAUUCGGGGAAAGACAAUUUGCCUUCGAUGAUUCAUUUUCUUUUUAAGUUUUUUUUCUCUUCCACUACUUCAUCAUUUCCUAUCAAAACACAAUCUGCACUUUCCUGAUCACGUUCUUUCCGAGACGUAAUUUAUGUCAGGAAAAAAAAAAUACGUGAGAGCAAUCCAAGUCAAUACGUAUGUGAGAAAGAUGACGAGGAAAACACGUGGAGGGAACCCGACAGAAACAAAGAAUCGAAAAAUACCUUCGUGCUUAUCAAAAGUAAAAUUUGGCUUCUUAUUGUUUGUGUACGUUUUGGAAUCGUGCCGUAUUCUUUCGUAUUUCGUAAUGCUUUCUUCCCCUAACGUGUCGACCAAACGUUGCGAAAUAUUCUUGGAUUCUCUAGAAUUUUUUUUCCUCUCUUUUAAAAUCCACUCGAAUUUACUCGUUGGUCUGAGUUUUCUAAGUGUUUCUUUCCCCCUGCCCGAGUUGUUUAAAUAAUGUAUAUUUUCAUACGCAAUUAUUCUAGAAUAUGUUAAUAUCUAGAAUAAGUCUUUUUGAGUUAUUUUAGAAUAUAUCGAUUUCCAGAAAAAUCCGUUUCGGAAUUGCUCUACAUUUUACUUCGGUUCCGAAAUUACACAUUCGUUUCUUCUGGAAUGUAUUAAGUUUUCUAGAAUGUAUUCAUCUCGGAAUUUGCCAUUUUUCUAGAAAGGUCACCAUUAAAAUAUUUAUUGGUAUAUUAAAAAUUAUUUUCGAAUAACUUAAAAAAAUAUACUGCCGAUAAUCUUAAGUCUUUCGAAUUUAAUAUGCCAAAUACGAAUCCAGAGAAUGUAAGAGUUGUUCUAGACCGGAAAGGGGUUGUUUAUUCGGCACUACUUCCAUCCCUUCGCAUUGUAUAGACUCGUACGCGGCAUCAAGUACAGGUAGUGUGAUUCGAGCGACCAUACGAAUAUAUUAUAAACAGCGUUAAAUUCAAAUGUCGGAAGGGAGAAGACAAACGGAUGACCGAUUCUGUUCUCCGUGGCCCAUGACGCAACAGGUCUUAUAACCCGCCCAAACCUCAAGCGGACGUCAGGUGCACUAGAGCAAAACACACUCCCAUAUUUAGAUUCUAUUGUUCCGGACUGUGUAUUUCUCUUUCCUCCCCCGAAUGUCGUGGAGGAACAACUCGAACAAAUGGCGACCCAUGGUAUGUUUAGACACGGUAUGCUUCCAUUCCCGAAUUUUCCGACACCGGCGGGGUGAUUAACACUUCCGAUCUCCCUCUCCCACGUGGUUAGUGUGGAACGACGGAAGGGUCGUGAACGCCCUUUAGCGCUCUCUCUCUUUCUCUCUCUCACCGUUCCUCGGGCGUUUCCGAAUCUUAAAAAAAAAAAAAAUCGGUAAAAAGUUACAAUCUACUCAUUUGGGUUAAUGUGACAAUUAACUUCCGCGUUAUGUUCCGAGUCGCUGUGGAGAAUGUGCCCGUGUGGAUGCUCGUUUUGGAGAUGUAUUGAUGUAAAGAAUAACCUCACUCUCGAUUGGCAUUCGGACGGAUUGACGACUGUCUGAUCCAACUGUCCCAAGUGAGGAACAAGAACGGAAACCAUGGGACGGAAAAAAAUACAGAUUUCGCGGAUAACGGACGAAAGGAACCGGCAGGUAACUUUCACCAAACGAAAAUUUGGAUUAAUGAAGAAGGCGUACGAAUUAAGUGUCUUGUGUGAUUGCGAGAUCGCAUUGAUAAUCUUCAACGGUACUAACAAGUUAUUCCAAUAUGCCAGUACGGAUAUGGAUAAAGUGCUGCUCAAAUAUACAGAGUACAAUGAACCACACGAAAGCAGAACAAACAAUGACAUUGUAGAGGCAUUAAGUAAGAAAGAACAUAAAAAUUCUACAAAUGGCUGCGAUAGUCCAGAACCAGACCAGGACCAAUACAUGACAAACAGGCCUGAUAAUAAAUAUAAUAAAAUCAGUGAGGAAUUUGAUAUCAUCAUGCAAAGGAGUAAUACUCAUAUGAAUGGAAGAUCUCAACCUCCAACCCUGGGUCAAAGCAUGGUAUCACUUCCAGUCUCAUCGUCUACUUACCAUCAUCACAUUCAAGAUACGAACAUGAUGCAACAUUCGCCACAGAUGCCUCCUCAUGCUAGCGUCAGCCCUCGUCCAAGUUCUUCAGGAUUAAUAGACAUGAAUGGAGUUGCCAAUGGUUACCAUAGAACAGGAUCACCUUUAUCUGGUAACACAUCACCUGCUCUUUGCAGUAAAGGUGGUCUAAAUAAGCAACAUUCACCCCCACUCUCAGGGAGCAACAAUCGUUCGAAUCUCCGUGUUAUUCCAAACUCACAUUCUAAUGCUAUCGGAGGUAGACCUUCAAAUACAUCUGUAAGUUCUCCUGUGGUGUCAAUGUCAACUGGUAUAUCUAAUAUGGGCAAUUAUCCGUCCGCUAUUUCCACUUUCCCUCCCAAUGAUUUUCAACUUGCAUCUGAUUUUGGCCUGUCGGGACUCAAUUCAAACAUGUUGCAUAACUGGUCAUCUCAAAGCACUAUGAAUGCAUUAUCAACAGGACUUUCGCAUAGUUCGAACCACAUGUCUCAUCUAUCAGUUAAUACAUCAAACAGUAAUAUGUCAAUAAAAAUCAAGAGUGAACCAAUUUCACCCCCUAGGGAUGGUAUGGCAAAUACCCUGCAACGACCUCCAUCUGGCCAUCUUUCACCUGGUCACUCGUUAACACCAUCGACUUCGUCUUCUCCAGAUCCAAACGUCGUCAGUGCAGAAUACGAUGCAUCCGGUGGCAAAAGGCCACGUCUGACGGUUGAGGGAUGGGCACCGUAAAAAAGUGUGUGCUCAUCUUGGAUUUAGUGUGUGUGUGAUUGCAUCUUAUUGCAUGCCAUUGCUAACAUGGAAUAUUUUAGUCAUCUUAAUGGGAGGAGAUUGUGUACUGGUGCCCCUUUUUUAGUAACAGAGGAAAUCAGCACACUUAAAACUAAUUAUCUCAAUCCUAGUGGAACACACCAACUACAAAUAUUUCUGUCUUAUGUAGACAGAGGGCUUAUAUAAUUGAGAUCAGCUGAGAUGACUUGUGGUACAUACAUACUACAUAUGUAUAGAUGGCAGUUUAAGUGUCGACUAACAAUGGACAGAAAAUAGGUACCUGCCUACCUACCUCUUAUAGUUUAUUGUGAAACUUAGUAAUUGCAGAAGACAUUUCCACUAUUCAAUGAGAGAUUUGAAAAAGUUCCAAUUUGGAAAGAAACUUCAUAUAUAAAGUAUUUUGAGAGAAAAAUUCAUUAUAGAAGGUUUGUAGUUGUAUAAUUAAGAAUUGUUAAGGACUGACAAACAUUUUAUCUGUUGUUGUUAAGAUAGUGAAGGAAUGAUUUUAUACCAAAGUGCAUUGGAUUGUAUUAAGUUAUGCCACAGAUGUUGUUGGAAAUGAUAGAGAGAAAUUUUCUAUGGCUAAUAAUUACUAUCUUACCACCUUUGCCAGUAGAAGAAUAGUAUCAAGUCCUUCAUAGAGGGGCUAUAUUUUCAUUAGUUACAUUCCCCAGAAGUGCACUUUUGUACCUGCACUAGGAAGCAUUUAGCCAGUUUGUGAAAUUGAGACCAAGCAGGACAGAUUGAAAAUGAUUUACUGUCUAAAUUUAGUUUAUAGACAAUUGUAGAAUGCUCAUAAAAAUUGUCAGUUUUUAGCAAAAGAAAAAAACAAAAAAAGUAUUAGAUAAGCUUAUGUGCAAAGGUAAUUUCAUUUUGUCUUACUUUUAGCACAAAUACUAUGAAUGGCAUGGAUUUGUUUGAUUUAAAGCAAAUGGAAGUGUUGAAAAGGCAUAUGAGAAUGAUUUUAAAUGCAGAAGUACUUAAAUACUGCUUCUCCCAAAUCCUCUCAGUAGUGUUCUUCCAAACUACUGCCCAAUAUUCUAUAUUAUAUGAAUAUAUAUAUAUAGAUAUAUAUAUAUUUAGUAGGUGCAAUUAAGUAAAAACAAAUUAGUUAUAUUUGAUUAGAUGUUUUAUUGGAAAGAUUAACGAAUGUUCCUCAAAAUUGCCUUCGAAUUGAAACUUAACUGUACCUACUAAUUUCGAUAUAUUUUUUCUUUUCUUUUUUAAUUCUUAUAUGUAGAAGAGUAAACUAAUUGCCAUAGUAUUUUAUGUUUAAAUCUGUUGUAAACCUUGCAAAAUUAUACUUUUGAUUCUGUUUACUGUGACUGACCUAUUUUGUCUUGUAUUGAAAUAUGAUUUGUGAAAAAAAGUACAUGUACAUUUUAUUUGACUGAGAAAAAAUCAUUUUUUGCUCAUUGAUACAAUAACCAUUUGUGUGCACAGACCAAGAUUUGAUAGUUUGGAGUGAAAUAUGUAUUUACAGUUCUACUUACUGUGUUUGUGUUCAGUUGUAUGUAUAUGUGGAUUGUUGCUUGAUAUGCUUUAUGUGGUUAAAACAAUGCAUUCAGUGCCUACUGGUAUAGCACGUGUUUGGUGUAGUACCAGCACUCAAUCUGUCGAUAAAAAAAUGGUGCCUAUCAUCAGAAAUUUAAUAUUACUCAAAUAUAAGCAUUUAAAAAGAAAUAACUGCAGGUGGAAAUUCUCCCAUAAUUAAACAUCACUUCAUGUUAUUCAUUAAAUAGGAUUUUAUUGUAACAGAGACUCAUAUACACUAAGAAUAAUAUAUUAAAAUUGCCUAGUUGAAUCGAUUAAGAAACUACGCAGUUUAAAAUUUGCAUAGAAAUAAAUUUUAGCUUUGCUUAAUCGUGAAAAAAUAUAGUACAACAAAAUUUUCAUAGAGAACUAAUCUAUAACUAAUUAAAUCUGUUAAGAAAAUAUUUCUAAACAGAGUCCAUUAUGGAAUAAAAAAAAAAGGAGAAAAAAUAUUUUUUCACUAAUCAAAAAUUUUUAUUAAUCAAAAGCCAUAAUCAUUAUGGAUAAAAAAAAAAAACUAAAAUGUGUUUUUGUUUCAAAGAGAAAAUGGUGUAUUGAGUCUCUAUUAUUUUUAAAUAAGUUUGAGAGCAAAAUGACCUGCAAUCCUGUUUGUACAAAUAUUUGUUGUUUUAACAUAAAAUAUUUGAGAAGUAUCAAAGAUUUUUAGAUAUAUAAAUUAUGACAAAAAAAAAAAUGAUGCUAAAAUGGUUUGUGUAUAGAAGUCUGGCUAGCAUUUGAGAUGAGAAAACUUAUUUCUUUUUAAAUUAAUCGGCAUAUUUACAAAAAAAACAAAAAUUAUUAUGAAACAACAACCUAGCUUUAAAUUUUGAUAGUGAUCAUAGCAUCAUUCAGUGCUUCCGUUCAAAUCUAGUCCAUUCUCUGCCGAGUCAGGAAGUAAUAAAUGUUGCCAACGUGGGUCUUUUUUAGACCAAAAAGUAUUUCUUAAUAUUUGCUCUUUUAAUUGAUGGAUUCCUCUUUAGACAUUUGCUUAACAAUUUUCUUCCUAGUUUAUAUAUAAAUAAAUUUUUAUUUCAAUCUUGAUCUAUAGUGACAAUCAUAUAAGCAUGCCUUAAAUUUUUAAAGAUUGCAUUUAACAUUACUACCACUCACAUGAAUUGUAGUGAUUACAACAAACGUAGUUUUAAACUUUUACUAUAUGCACCUUUCGUGCUUGAUUUUACAGAUUUUAAAUAUUUAUUUCUGAUAAAUAUCACACGUAGCAUCUGAAAUAUGUUGUACUUUUUAACUGUUUCUAUAUAUAACUGUAAAUCAAAAGCAUUUUUUUUCCAAUAUUUUUAUUAAUGCUAUAAUAAUUAAAAAUUAUUAACAAAUUAAAUAAAAGUAUACAUUAAUAUAUUCCUGCCAAUAAAUUUGUCUGUACAGAGAGAAAAAUUUCCUUCUCAAAUGCAAGCUGUUGGAAUGAAUAUAUAUAUAAUUUAUAUAUAUAUAUUAUAUAUAUUAAAAAAAGCCAUGUUUGGAAUAUUUAAGAUGUAAACUGAUGUGCACUAAGAAAGAAGGCAUAACCUUCUGGAAGAUAAUAUAUUGAACCAAUGUACAUUAUACAUAAAUACAUAGAGAUAUAUAGAUUCAAUAGAAUAUAGUUUGUAAAAUGAUUUUCAGCAAAGCUGAUUAUAUUAAAUUUUUUCUGGUCAUUGCACUGUACAAGUUGUAGAUUCAUCACAAAUUCCACAGCAAAUAGUCGUGGAAGGUCACAGGCCAUCCAUUUAUAUAUUGUCAAAAAUUAGAGAUACACUUUCAAAAUCAAUAUCCAGAGAGAUAUUGUUUUUCUUUAGGAAAAAAUCAACCAGAAAUUUCUCAAUAGUCCUAGUGAUGUUCAUUAGCACUAAAAGAAAAGGCCACAAUGCUCUUAGCAAGUUUAGAAGUAACACAGCAUGUUGAUAUUACCCUGUUUGCCUGUAAAAAAAAAAAAAAAAAACAAAAUGUUGGCACCAAUGAAAAAAAAGUUGCAAAUAGUUGUGUAUUUUUAUCUGCCUGUGAAAUAAAGCUACUAUAUAAAAA